UAUUCUUAUUAUUACAAUUAUUAUUUCUUCAAUAGUAAUGUCAGAUUUCUUAAUAAAACGUUCUCCUGAUGAUUUCGACUGGACCACUACUAUUUGUCUCUAUGUUAUCUUGAUUAUAUUAGGAAUUGGCAUGUGCUUUUGUUUAAAACGAGCUAAUCGACUUAUACCAAACCGCUUCAGUUUCCCACUAGUAGAUAGAGGAAAUACUCAUACUCGAUUAUAUGACUUGAAUGAAGAGGAAGAGGGAUUGUUAAGUCAUUAUAGUGAUGUAGAAAGUGAGGAUGAUGCUGAAGUUAUUGAUAAUCAAAAUGGGCUUCGUGGAGAAGUAAAAAAUGGAGAUGCAUCACAAUCUAAUCAAGCAGAGUCAAUCGAUAAUACUAACUUUCGAAAAGCGAAAUAAAUACAUUUAUAUAUUUAUAAUAUUCAAGUUGAAAUGAUUAUUUAUAAGUAGUUCAUCAUUCAUGGGCCUUUAUUAUUAAGUAAAAGUGAAAAAAAAGGAAGAAGAAGAAG